AUGGCUUCUAGACUCUCACCUCUCCUCUUCAGAUCAGCCCUCCGCUCGGCAACGUGUCGGGCGGCGAGGCCUCAGUUCCGCGCUUUCUCCCUCACAGCCGUCCGCCCCAGCGACACUCUCCAAGUGCACCGCGACACCCCGAAAAACAACACCGAUAUUCCCUUCAAGUUCACCAAGGAGAAUGAGGCCGUCAUCAACGAAAUUCUGAAGCGCUACCCGCCGCAAUAUAAGAAGGCCGCUGUCAUGCCCAUCCUCGACCUUGGUCAGCGCCAGCACGGCUUCACCAGCAUCAGCGUCAUGAACGAAGUCGCCCGCAUGCUCGAGAUGCCCCCUCAGCGCGUCUACGAAGUCGCAUCUUUCUACACCAUGUACAACCGCACCCCUGUCGGAAAGUACUUCAUCCAGGCCUGCACAACUACCCCCUGCCAACUUGGCGGCGUCGGCUCCGACGUAAUCGUCAAGGCCAUCACCGACCACCUCGGCAUUAAGCAGGGCGAGACCACAAAGGACGGCCUGUUCACCCUCCUCGAAGUCGAAUGCCUCGGUGCCUGCGUCAACGCCCCCAUGAUCCAGAUCAACGACGACUACUACGAGGACCUCACUCCCGAGACGACCAUCCAGCUCCUCGACGCCUUCAAGGCUACUGCUUCUGCCACCGGUGGUGCCUCCGCCGCCCAGGUCCCAAAGCCCGGCCCAAUCAAGAGCGGUCGUCAAACCUGCGAAAACUCCAAUGGCCUGACGAACCUCACUUCCGAGCCGUGGGGCCCCGAGACGACGCGGAGCGAUUUGUAA